AUGUUCGUUGGAAUUGUCUUGGUCCUUUUGGUGUCCGUUCCCUUCUUGAGGCUACUUUAUUGGAACAAAAAGCUCUACAACAAGGAACCAAGUGAGAUUGUGGAGUUGAAGCAUGAGAUUCAUGUUUGGAGACUCACAGCUCAGCGCAUUAACCCUGCCAGCCGAGAAGAGACUGCGGUAAAGUGCCUGCUAAUGCAGAAGGUUCUCACCCUGGAGAAUGUACUUGGGAAAAAGCUGAGGACCUUUCAAAGAGAGAUUUCACAAGAAGACAAAAACUGGGAAACAAACAUUCAGGAACUACAGAAAACGCACAGGAUAAUAGACAAGGCCCUGCUGGUGAAAUGCUCAAGCGUUUUGGGAUUUGUUAUCCUCAUGUUCUUUCUCAAUUCAUUUGUUCCCAACAUCCAUCUCGAUCUGGAUCAUCAUAAGCACGUGAAUAUCACAAUGCUGUCAAUGAAAUGA